AUGUCGCUCCUCAUCAAAUUUGAGUCAAAAUCUGCGAGAGUGAAAGGAAUUUCCUUCCACCCAACUCGCCCAUGGGUUUUGACUUCUCUUCACAGUGGAGUCAUUCAACUCUGGGACUAUCGCAUGUGUGUUUUGCUCGACAAGUUCGACGAGCAUGAUGGACCUGUAAGAGGAAUCUGCUUCCAUCACGAUCAGCCAAUUUUCGUGUCCGGAGGUGAUGACUACAAAAUCAAAGUAUGGAACUACAAACAGAAAAGAUGUAUCUUCACUCUUCUCGGUCAUCUUGAUUAUAUUCGAACCACAUUCUUCCAUAACAAAUAUCCAUGGAUUAUUUCUGCAUCCGACGAUCAAACGGUUCGAAUUUGGAAUUGGCAGAGCCGAAACUCGAUUGCCAUUCUUACUGGACACAACCACUAUGUCAUGUGUGCUCAAUUCCACCCAACAGAAGAUCUUGUUGCUUCCGCAUCUCUGGAUCAAACUGUUCGCAUCUGGGAUAUUUCGGGACUCCGAAAAAAACAAAUGCCAGGAGGAGGAGCACCUCGUCAAACUGGAGCUCAACAGGCAGAGCUUUUUGGUCAACCAGACGCCGUUGUUAAACUUGUUCUAGAAGGUCAUGAUCGCGGAGUCAAUUGGGUGGCUUUCCACCAUGCUAAUCCAAUUUUAGUUUCCGGAUCGGAUGAUCGUCAAGUUAAAAUUUGGCGGUACAAUGAAACCAAAGCCUGGGAAUUAGACUCAUGUCGAGGACACUACAACAACGUUUCUUCUGUUAUUUUCCACCCAAAUGCUGACUUGAUUCUUUCCAAUUCCGAGGACAAGUCUAUUAGAGUCUGGGAUAUGCAAAAGCGGACCAGCCUUCAUGUUUUCCGCCAUGAAAACGAACGAUUCUGGGUAUUGGCUGCUCAUCCAAGCCUCAACAUGUUUGCUGCUGGUCAUGACAAUGGAAUGGUCGUUUUCAAGAUUCAGAGAGAACGUCCAGCUUAUUGCGUUAAUGACAAUUUGGUGUUCUAUGUGAAAGGCCAACAGAUCAGAAAACUUGACCUGACAACCAACAAAGAUGUAGCCCUAUGCAAACUCCGUCACCCACAACCAUUCAUGCAGCCAUACUACUCUCUGUCGUUUAAUCCUGCGGAAGGGACAUUCCUUCUAACCAGUCGCACUCACAACAAAGAUCUCUGUGCUUUCGAACUCUACAAAGUCGCCAGCAAUUCUGAUGGAACUGUCGAAGCAGCAUGCGUGAAGAGUACCGGAAUCAACGCGCUAUGGGUAGCCCGCAACCGGUUUGCUGUCCUUGACAAAGCUCAAAAUGUAUCACUCCGGGACUUGACCAACAAGGAACUCAGAAAACUUGAGAACAUCAACACAGCUGUUGAUGACAUUUUCUAUUCUGGAACGGGAAUGCUUCUUUUGCGUAACGACGAUGGGCUUCAGCUAUUUGAUGUGCAACAAAAAAUUGUGACUGCCUCCGUGAAGGUUUCGAAAGUUCGCUAUGUGAUCUGGAACAAAUCUAUGGAAUACGCUGCGCUUCUUUCGAAGCACACAUUGACGUUGGUGAAUCGCAAGCUGGAAAUUUUGUGCACACAACAAGAGUCUACUAGAGUCAAGAGUGGAGCUUGGGAUGACGAUGCAGUGUUUUUGUAUACUACCAGUAACCACAUCAAAUAUGCUAUCAGUUCUGGAGACUGUGGAAUCGUUCGCACUCUUGAUCUCCCUCUAUACAUUUUGGCUAUCCGUGGAAACGUUCUCUACUGCUUGAACCGUGAAGCUACACCUGUAGAAGUUCCAAUUGACAAUUCGGACUUUAAAUUCAAAUUGGCAUUGAUCAAUAAGCGGAUUGAUGAAGUUCUCAAUAUGGUUCGUUCUGCAAAUUUGGUCGGACAAUCGAUCAUUGGAUAUCUCGAGAAGAAAGGCUAUCCAGAAAUUGCUCUACAUUUCGUGAAAGAUGAAAAGACGCGUUUCGGCUUAGCUAUCGAAUGCGGGAACCUUCAAAUUGCAUUGGAGGCCGCUAAGAAGCUUGACGAGCCUGCUGUUUGGGAAGCUCUUGGAGAAACUGCUCUUCUACAAGGAAAUCAUCAGAUUGUGGAGAUGAGUUAUCAGAGAACAAAGAAUUUCGAGAAGCUGGCGUUCUUGUAUUUUGUCACUGGAAACACCGAUAAGCUUGUUAAGAUGAUGAAAAUCGCUCAGGCUCGUAACGAUGCUCACGGACAGUUCCAGACAGCUUUGUACGUUGGUGAUGUUGAAGAGAGAAUCAAAGUUCUUCGCAGCUGUGGUCAAACCUCUCUUGCGUAUCUCGCAGCUGCUACUCAUGGAUAUUCGGCAGAAGCAGAGGAGUUGAAAUCUGAACUUGAAAGUCGCCAGCAACCGAUUCCACCAGUCGAUUCAAAUGCCCGCCUUCUUGUCCCACCUCCACCAGUUGCCCGCUUGGAGGAGAACUGGCCUCUGUUGGCUUCAGCAGGAGCCUUUGAUGCUCAAUUAAUCGGAUUGGGAGGACAACUGGCACCCAACAGAGCUGCUGGUGUUAAAACAACAGUGCCAGCAUUUGCUGCAAUGGAAGAUGAUGAUGCUGAUGUUGGUAAUGAUGCGUGGGGCGAUGAUGAGUAUCUGGUGGGAGAUGAUGGUGAACUUGAAGUGGACGAAGGUGAAGGCCCAAUUGAUGUUGAUGAAGAAGGUGGAUGGGACGUUGAUGAUGAUUUGGCGUUGCCUGAUAUCCCUGAUGAUCAAGGAGGCGACGAUAGUGAGGAAGUGGUUCCAAAUCCAGCUCCAGCGGUCUCUUCCGAAUGGCCGAAUGUGUCCCGACUCCCUGUUGAUCACGUUGCUGCCGGAUCGUUUGAGACUGCUGUCAAAAUUCUGCGAGACACUAUUGGAGUUGUGGAUCAUAAACCAUUCAAAGAUGUUUUCAUGAAGGCAUAUGCAGUUUCUCGUCUUUCGCACCGUGGUUGGGGUGGUUCGGAACCUGCUGGUCCAAUAUUCAUUCACCCUCUCCGUAACUACCAAGAAGACAAAAAUCAUUUGCCGAUCGCCGCAUUCAAGCUUUCACAGCUUGAGAAGAAACUUCAAAAGGCGUACCAACUGACUACAAAUGGAAAGUUCGGAGAUGCUGUUGUGAAACUACGGGAAAUUCUGCUCUCCAUUCCACUAUUGGUAGUCAGUUCCAAGAAAGAAGUCGCCGAAGCUGAGCAGCUGAUUGCAAUCACUCGUGAAUAUCUUGCCGCUCUACUACUGGAAACAUAUCGCAAAGACUUGCCAAAAACGAAUAUGGAAGAUGCUAAGAGGAACGCCGAACUCGCUGCCUACUUCACUCAUUUCGAUUUACAACCUUUGCAUCGCAUUCUAACACUAAGAUCUGCCGUGAACACUUUCUUCAAAAUGAAGCAGAUGAAAACAUGCGCAUCUCUUUGUAAGAGACUUUUGGAAGUUGGCCCACGUCCAGAGAUCGCGACUCAAAUUCGGAAGGUUCUUGCUGCCGCCGAGAGAGACAACACUGAUGCUCAUCAACUGAGCUAUGAUGAACACAAUCCAUUUGUCGUGUGCUCUCGCCAAUUUGUACCACUUUACCGUGGACGCCCAAUGUGUAAAUGCCCGUACUGUGGAGCAUCAUAUUCCGAGGGUCUUGAAGGAGAAGUGUGCAAUGUGUGUCAAGUUGCGGAGAUCGGCAAAAAUGUCGUUGGACUUCGAAUUUCUACUCUUAAGAAUUAA